UUUAUUCUAGACGUCUCAGGUGUGGCUGCGACUACUAUAUUUGCCACGAGAAUUAAAUCCUAGUGAUACGGUAUCCCACCACAAUGAUCAAUCAUAUCAUCGCGAUGCCUUGGUUUCGAUUGAGGAUUGAUGUCUGUUAGUUAAAGGCUUCAAAAAAUAUACUCAGGUGCUGAGCGCGGUGGCCGUCACGUGCAGCCAGCUUUCUUCACCAACACCCAAACUCCCUUCACUACCAUCCACCUUGUAUCGUCAUUUUCAUCAAGAGAAGCCAUGCGCCUUAUCUCUACGAUAACAUGACCCCUUGUGGCCCCCAAAUACUCCAUAAUUACCAAUCAUCAAGUAUCACCGAUGUCGACCUUUGAUGGAAUCGUCCAAGAAUUUCCUUUCAUCACCAGUGGGUUUAGGCGACUGCUUCUGUUAAAGUGAAAUUUCGUGGGUUAAUGUUGAAAUGGUUAUUAGUUGAUUACUUUCGCAAAAACCCAGAGCGGCCACCUCCGCUAGCCUGCUUCCUUAGCCAUGCCCAUAGUGACCACCUUCAAGGGCUUGAGUCCUUCAGAGCUCCCUUCAUUUAUUGCUCGGUAGCUACCAGAGAGUUGCUUCUGCGGAUUGAGAAAUAUCCCCAUCGAAUGAAUUUCAAUAAUGGCAUCCUUGAAUCCAGAAGGUUGCAUUAUAAGCAUUUGUCGAAACUCCUGAGACCAAUUCCCCUGAACACACCAACAGAGAUCGAUCUGACCCCCAGGCUCUCUAUCAGAGUCACCCUUCUGGACGCUAACCACUGCACUGGUGCUGUGAUGUUUCUCAUUGAAGGCGAUGGGAAAGCAGUUCUAUACACUGGCGAUAUACGUGCGGAACCAUGGUGGGUCGAUGGCAUCGUUCGACACCCGGUUAUGAUCCCAUAUACUUUGGGAAACAAGCGGCUGGACAAGGUAUAUCUAGAUACUACCUUUUCUCACACGGGUCACAUAUUCCGUACUUUCCCAACAAAAGCCGAUGGCAUCGCCGAGCUCUUAGGCAAGCUCGAACCGUAUCCAGAAAACACCCUAUUCUACUUUCGUGCGUGGACAUUUGGCUAUGAAGAGGUCUGGGUGGCACUCGCGGCUGCCCUAAAAUCCAAGAUCCACGUAGAUCGAUACCAAAUCGGCCUGUAUAAAUCUGUUUCAUCUUCCUGCAGAGAAGGGAGCGGGGCUACUGAAGCACCUUCUCUCUGUGGGUUCGAACUCGGUAAUAGGUCCAUACCUGGCUGCCUGAGCGAGGAUGCGCGAUCUCGUAUCCACAGCUGCGAACCAGGAGUUCAUUGCUCCGUCUUGUCUUCAAAAAACACCGUCUACAUAACACCAAUCGUAAGCCGAACAGAGGACAACUCCGAUGUUCCCGAGGUGGGAGCUGGAGGUGGGUUAGGUGAUCUAUACCAGAUCCACGAACUGGAACUUCCGGAUCAAUCCUCACUUACCAAGCUAGAGCAGCUCUGUAGCGAAAAGAUACAUGAUCCACGGGCUCUUUCCAAAGCAAAGGAAGCUCUCCUCGAGGCGUUCAGGUCUAAAAACAAGACACUAUCGCUCGACAGCUAUGGAAUGAAAAGCGCUCACGAAAUACCACUAGGUGAGCUCGUGGAUAUCCUUAGCCGUGGUCGCUUGGGUGAAGAGACUGCAGCUCCUUGGGAUUCGAGACUAUCGACUAAAAUCCUGGAUAGGACCGGGAAGCCUCUCCCAAGAAGUAUUAACUUUCCCUACUCGCGCCAUUCUUCUUACGUCGAGCUGUGUGGGCUUCUGGGUGCUUUGAAGCCUCGGGAUGUCUACCCCUGUACCGUGGAUCCUCUGGAUUGGGAUGAAAGCAUUUCUAUGCAGAGGCUAUUCGGCCAUCUCUGUUCUGACAGCGUGUUCAUCCACGACCAAUACAUGCGUGAAAUAACCGCCACGGAAAAUGGCGAACCCCCUAGAAAAAGAAGAAGACAGGACGCCACAUCUUCGACCCAAUCAACCCAGCAGUCAACGGUUACAACCGACAACGACGGCAUUUCACAACCCUCGCAAACCUCUCUUCGAGCAGUUGCAGAAUCAAAGGAUGCUCUAGCCGCAGUGCCGUGCAGUCAUCCGUCCUCCUCGGAAAUGUCAACAUCCAACCCUCCUAUUAUUUCAUCUCCUCCACCACCUUUGUCUAGUGGGCCGUCGCAACAUACUCCACAAACGUUGGAAAUCAUUGAAAAAUAUGCUAACACGUCAAAUAAUGCUUCUCUUAAAAUUCCCUCUCUUAGUCCGGAAACCGCGAAGGUGCGGCGGAAUACUAUCCGUCAAGCAUGGCACCUCCUCCAUGAUGAUGAGAAAUCCCAACAUAACAACUUCCUUCUCGGGUCUCUUCCGUCCUCAUGGCCAACAGAUAGGGAAAUUUCUCAUCAGGGCCUAUCUAUACAAGAAACAAAACUUCCCGAAGUGGUCCUUGAGGGAUCUUCCAAAGCGACGGCGGUCCACAAACCCAGCACGGAGAAUUCCCAGUCCACAAUAACUGUCCAGGGGGGAGAGGCACCCUCUAUCCAUGAAGAAAACCCGACCGUGGACGUAGACGUGGUAAUAGACACUGAUUAUUCCAAUACGGAAACCGAACAUCAAACACUCCCACAGCCCUCCAGCCAACACACCAUAUCCUCAACCGCAUUCGCUUCACAAAGCCAGAACCAAACAGCUCAAGAAGUCGAGCACGAUGUUAUAAGCGACGAGGACUAUAUUCGCGAGCAUGAACAUCCAGGUCCUGAAACAAGCGACCAAACGUUAGGCUGUAACUCAGUGGCCCAACCACGACCCCUUGUCCGGCAGAUGCCGUCCAUUCGGAAUCGGAUGGUAGCAUAUGCUGCAGCAAAAGAGGAUAGUUAUGAUGCAUGGGCAUCAAUGUCUCUUACUUCAGCAGGCAAUAACCACACAGAGGAGGAAGUUGAACUAUAAUCUUGUACGAGUGUUUAAGCUGCAUGGACCAAUUCGUGGAGCUGUUUGCGCUAAGUAGUUAGAAAC